AUGCCCUUCUUACGACGUCUCAUCUGUCUGUUGCUCUGUAGUUGUUCUGUAACAGCCAGCUCGAGUGAUGCUAGCCAGGCGUGCGCGGCCCUCAUUUCAUACCUCCCAGGAAAAUUAUCUUUCCCAGGGAACCAGCAGUAUGAGGACUCAAUCUCCUCAUAUGCUUACAUAGGGACGCGGUUACGGCCAACCUGUGUUGCUCAUCCAGAAAACACCAAGGAAGUUGCGGCCAUUGUCAAGAUACUAAGUCAGUCCAAUUCAGUUGAGUUUGCCAUUCGCAGUGGAGGGCACAACACGAAUAGAGGCUUCGCAGACAUUAAGGAGGGAAUUACUAUCGAUCUCAGUCUUAUGAACACGGUGGAACUCCGACAUUCAGAAAAUAUUGUGACAGUUGGUCCUGGGACAAGAUGGCAAAGCGUCUACGACGCUCUUGACCUCUACAGCCUAACCGUGCAAGGUGGUAGGAAUGGCCUCGUUGGAGUUGGCGGAUUCUUAACCGGAGGUUUCUUCUCUCCUGAGCGAGGAUGGGCAUGCGACUCCGUCAUCAACUUUGAGGUUGUUCUUUCUACUGGAGCAAUUGUCGACGCCAAUGCAACGUCACAUCCCGAUCUCUUCACGUCGUUGAAAGGCGGUCAAAACAAUUUUGGUGUCGUCACCCGCUUUGACUUGAGAACAUUCUCACAAGGAAAGAUGUGGGGUGGCAUUGUCAUCUAUACCGAUGCCAGUGACAAACAGCUCCUCGAUACGCUUACUGCUUUCAAGGAGCCAGGAAAGUUCGAUCCAUAUGCCAUGUUCACUUUCGGCUUCGUUUACGAUGCUGCCCUUCGUACGUUCACAUCAGACAUUGCUAUGUACCAUUCGCGUCCAGAGAGUGUAAACGGGAGUACUCUUGAAGUAUUUGCCAAGAUAGAGCCACAGAUUUUCAACUCGAUACGUACCGAUACGCCUGGUGGAUUCGCAAGCGAAAGGCUGUCUCCAAUCUUCAAAUCGUACUAUAUGCACUGGUCAACCACCACUUUCGCUAUAUCGCCUACAAUUCUCUUCCGCAUUCAUACUCUAUUCCGAAAUGUGUCGCUUGCACUGACAGAUGAGUACGCGUCCGCAAAUCUCACCAUUGCGUGCUCGAUCCAAUCUGUUCCAGCAGCUGCAACCAAGGAGAACCCUAAUAGUCUUGGAUUCGAUCCGUUGUCAAAGCCUGAACAAGGACUCAUUAACAUUGGCUUAGCCUUUCAAUAUGACGAUCCCACCGUCACGGAAGCGCUUCAGCAGGCUCUCCAGAUUCUCACUACUGCAGUAGAUCGCAUUGCGAUCAGCGAAGGUGUAGCUGAUCCGCAUGUUUACAUGAAUUAUGCAGGCAGCUGGCAGAACGUUCUCGCAGGCUAUGGCAAUGAAAGUUUAGUGAGGUUGAAAAAUGUGGCCGAACAAUACGAUAAGAAUGGCAUUUUUCAAAAGCAGGUCAAGGGUGGGUUCAAACUGGGGACAAUGUAA